AUGACUGUACAGUGGGUAAGUAAACCAGGCUAUAAAGAAGAUGAUUGUACUCGAGUUUGUGCUACAGGAACGUAUGGUUCAGAAUGUAAUAAUUUCUGUCAUUGUUUGAACUAUGAUAAAUGUGAUGUUAUAACUGGUCAAUGUCCUAAUGGAUGUCAGACAGAAUGGUAUGGAGGUAACUGUAAUACUAGUUGUCAAAGUGGUAAAUAUGGAGAUAGAUGUAGUAAACUAUGUAACAAUAGGCAUUGUAAAAGAUCACAAGAAUGUCAUCAUAUAACAGGACAAUGUACUGAUGGUUGUAAACCCGGUUAUAAAGGAUAUGAUUGUACAUUGAGUUGUCCAAAUGGUGCCUAUGGAGAUAAAUGUAGUAAACUAUGUAACAAUAGGCAUUGUAAAGGAUCACAAGAAUGUCAUCAUAUAACAGGACAAUGUACUGAUGGUUGUAAACCAGGUUAUAGAAGAAAUGAUUGUAUAAAAAAAUGCCAGAAACGUGCCUAUGGAGAUAUAUGUAGUAAAGGAUGUGACAAUAGGCAGUGUAAAGGAUCACAACACUGUCCUCAUAUAACAGGGAAAUGUUAUAAUGGCUGUACGCCCGGUUAUAGAGAGGAUGACUGUACAGUAG